AUGCGAACUAGAUGGGGAUUGGUAGUGGCCAUCACGGCUUUGACGGUCCUGCUUGAACUCACAGGGAUAUCGAGCAAGGAGAGCUGCUACUAUGUGACGUUCACCCACGCCAACUGGACGGACGACCGACCGCGGUUCGUGGUGAACAUGACGUUCUCGAACCAAUCCGGCAUCGGCUCGGUCACCACCAUUAACGAGGAGAUAGCCUCGCCCGUCUCCCGCAUCCUGAUCCAGCAGCACUCCGCCCGGGAGAAGGCGCGCACCAUCUACAACGCCUCCACCAAGCUGUGCGACCUGCAGAACGUCCUCAACUCGGUGCCGCUCUUCAAGCCGGCCAAGGACAACAUGCUCAAGCAGAGCAACUACACGCUGAGUUGUCCGCUCGUCAAGGGCACCUACGCCAUGAACAACAUGCGCGUCAGCCCCAAGAACCCCCUGCUGAGCCUCCUCUACCAGCCGAAGCACACCUUCUCCGUGAAAGGCGGACUGUUCGAGGAAGUGCCGCGGAGUCGGCGGCUGAGGCCGCUGUCCACCUACUUCAUGGCCGGGAAGAUUGUGAAGAGGUCCUGUGGGUCGAAUGAGUGA